UUCAUAACAGAUUUUCUUGGUCCAUAAAAUAUAAUUUGUUCAAUAGUAGUGCCUUUUGUAAGAUCUGAAAAGUCAACCAUCAUGUUCAUUAGGCAAAGCAAACCGCCCCUAAAUUAAUGUAUCACACGUUCUUAUAAUAUCAUCUCCUAUGAUCUUACCAUCACCUUUUUUUUUGCUUUUGUUUUUUUUCGAAUGCGAAGUAAAGACAAAAAGAACAAAAUGACGAGGCUUUUGUUUUUAUAAAGCUCUUUCAUCGGCAAAGCUUUGGUUCUCAUGAAACCGGGAAGUACAUACAAUUACUUACCUCCACACCGUCAGAUUGUUAAACCAUUUGUAACCAUCGAUGGUGGUCAUGUCACGUUUAAGCUUCUACUCUUGUUUCAUGCUACUACUACAGUUACAGCUCGGUGCGGCUCAAACCAACGAGUUUGAUAAUGACGACGACAGGGCAAAGUUCAGUCCAACCAUGGCUAUAGUCAUGAUCGUACUCGUUAGUGUUUUCUUCGCACUUGGAUGUAUCUCCGUCUACAUGAGGAGGUGUCUCGAAAGAGCUCUAGGGAUGGAGGAUAGUGGUGAGCCAGGAAACUGGCUUAACGUGAGGCAGACGACGGCGCGUGGCCUCGACGCGUCCGUCAUAGAAACGUUUCCGACGUUUCGUUACUCAACCGUGAAGACGCUGAGGAUCGGCAAAGAAGCGUUGGAGUGUCCCGUUUGCCUCAACGAGUUCGAGGACGACGAAACGCUGCGUUUGAUACCUCAGUGUUGCCACGUGUUUCAUCCUGGUUGCAUUGAUGCUUGGCUCCGUUCUCAAACCACGUGUCCUCUCUGCCGUUCCAAUCUCGUUCCUGUACCGGGUGAGUCUGUUUCUUUCGAGAUACCCGGUUUCGCAAGAGAAACCGGUCAGAGCUCUCCCAAAACGCCGGUUGAUGAUAGCCGAAGAAAGAUUUUGGCUUCACCGGACGAGCGAUUGAUCGACUCGGUGGCUUGGACAGGUAACCAAAGCAUGCCACGUAAGUCCAUGUCUACAGGUUGGAAACUAGCUGGAUUGUUUAGCCCGCCCAUUUCUCCUGGUCAACCAGAGGAGAAUCUAGACCGCUUCACGCUAAGGUUACCCCAAGAGAUACACAAUCACCUCGUGAACUCGAACCUAGGAAACCAUGGGUCAAAAGACCAAGUGGCCUUACCUCAAGCAAGGAGUUCGGUUAGAGGGUUCAGAACCGGAAGCCUAGGGACUGAACGAAACUAUUUCUACUUGGAACGGUUCGAUCAAGACAGACGGUUCGACCGAAGACCGUUUUCGAUAACUCCUCCGUACCAUACCGGUUCGAUCCGGUCCCCGGAUGGGAUUAUGGACGGUGAUCAGGAGCGUGCAGGUGCAUCAAAAGGUUUGCUUCUAGCAAUAAGGUCACCGUUGGAUCGGUUAUUUACUGGGAAGAACAAUGUUGGUGAACGCUCCUACCUUCGAUCCGGCGAUGCAAGCCCUGCCUAGACGAAUUGAUACUAUUGGGUUCAUUCAGAAAUAUGAGAAGAAUAAAACCUGUACAAAAGUUCUUUUAGUUUCUUCUAGUGUUCGAGAAAUUUCAAUUGCUUCACCUAAUAAAGAAACGUCUUUGUUUA